GUUCGCACUUCGCACAUUUCCGUUCCCAGUACCCUCUUUCGUGGCCUCCCACUUCGUCACGGCAAAUUAUCUAUUCUCUUUUGCUAAUUCCUAAUUUCAAAGUAAAUAUACGACACCUUGUGAAAGUAGUUUGAUUGUGUAUUCAUCCUAGUGGCAAGUGAAGUUUAAAAGCUACACUCAUGAAUAACUCAGCGGACAAAGUUGGAGAAAUAUUCCGGGAGGCAGGCACCGCAUUCAACAAGUUGUCUGAGAUGACAAUGAUGCUACAUCCAAUGGCGGAUACUCAGUCUGGUGGUAAGUGGACAGAAGAUGAGAUUGAGAUGCUUCGGUUGUGUGUACAUCGCUUCGUGGUUGAUCUUAAUAAACUCAGCCAACAUAUAAAGGGCAGGACAGGUUCCCAAAUCCGCACAACUCUAAGGAAGAAGGCAUUCGAGGACGCAGGUAUACAAGUGAGGCAGGUAAGCAGAAUCGCGCCCAAAGCCGUGCAGCCGGCGACCAAGGUAGUCCCACCACUGAACAUCACCCAAGGAGUGCUAAGACAUAAUGCCGAGGUGACGUUGAACAUGUUGAAUGCGACGGAAAACGAAGUUGACGUUGAAGGUUUGACCGGUGAAGUGAAACUCGAGUUCGAUGGAAGCACUGAGGAAGUGGUUACAUGAAACUUUAUGUAUGUUUAAAUAUGGACGCAUAACGCGACAUAACUGUGUGAUGCGGUAUAUUUUUAACAGUAAAGAAGAACUGGUAAAAAACCGCUGCUGACUGUUUAUAGUUUUAGAGAACUCUUAAAAGCUUUUGCAAAGCUUUUGCGAAAAUUACAUUAUAUCAAAUGUGUUUUACGUGAGACUAGAGCAAGUGUUUGAGUACAACUAUAGUGGUGCACCGUAGUGAUUUUUUGUUUUGUUAUACACAAAUCUCAAAAGUAAAUUCAAACACUAUCGUACGUUUUCUACGUGGAAAUGGAUUUACAAGAUUUGUGUUCAACAAGAAUUCCAUUCGAAGAAUCCAUUUCGUCGCUUAUUAAUAUCUUUAUUAACAUCUUUUUUAUUACACUCUGUAAGAAACUAGAUAUCAUAACGUAAUGAAAAAUCGUUUCUUGAUUCAACCUAUUACGAUAAUGGUGGCAUAAAAAGGCGUUAAUAAAAAGCUUGUAUUAAUAAAUAUUUUCUUUUGAAGACU